UGACAACGACAAAGCGCAACGCGUAGCGGAAGUCAUAAGAAAAAGAGACAUUAAUUUCAGAGCUCCCAACCAAAAACAGCGCAAAACCUCGUUGGUUCCGAAGCUUGAAACAGAACCAUGUCCACUAGAUUCCGGGGAUCACAGGAACACCAACAUGGUUCUUCUUCCACCACCCAUGAUGGACCUGUUGCUACUUUGAAGAAUAAAAGUGUUGAUGAGUUGCGGAAGCUUUUGUCUAACAAAGACGCAUAUCAGCAGUUUUUACAUUCACUGGAGGAGGUCAAGAUUCAAAAUCAUGUGAAUGAUGAACUUUGCAAGGAGAAUCUGCAGCUUGCUGAGGAAAAUCUACGAAAAGAACCUCGCAUUGUGGAACUCAGGAACCAGUAUAGAAUAAUUUGUACGACUGAGUUAGCUGCUGCUCAAGAGAAAUUAAACGAGCUUUACAGGGAGAAAGAAAAAAUAAUUAAGUUGAAUUCCCCACUGUACCUUCUCCAAAGGAUUCAAGAUGCUAUGAAUAAGACAGAUGAGGAAUCCGAAAAUCUGCACCAUCAAUUCCUUGACAGAGAGAUUGAACUUGGAGCCUUUUUGCAGAAAUACAAAAAACUACGUAGCGCUUACCACAGGAAAAGUCUAAUAAAUCUUGCAGCUAAAACAUCAAAUAUCUGAACAUCACAUAAGAAUAUCCAGAAUUAGGAAUGUAACUUGUUUGUAGAGCCUCUAAUUGAUUUUCUGUUCGUUCUUGCCAAUACAGUAGUCAUAUAUGUCAAUAUUUAAGUAGUUUCAGACCAUCUGAAAAAUAGUACACAAUCUUCUCUUAUUUGGCUCCUGCGUUAUUUUCAUCAAUAAGAUUUUCCAAAGGCUAUGUGUUGUAUUGUAAUUAUCAUCGCUAUUAUAGGAUCCAACUUGUGUUUGAA